CAAAGCGUUAGAGGCGAUUGAGUUUAGAAGUCCUUGAAAUUUGAUGGAGGGUUUUACGGAUAGAUGAAAGAAAAAUCGAAAAAAUGCCAAAAGAAGAGAAGAAAGAGUACCUCAAGAUAUUAGGAGUGGACAACAGUUCGUCAGAAAGUAGGUAUUUCCAUGGAUAUAUCUCGAACUAUAAACCCCAUAGUACUGUAGAGGUUCAUCGUAAUGAACUUCCGACUUCAAAGUGGGCAGUAGAAUCGGGAUUGUUUGAGGUUUUCAAGAUCAUAUGUUCCACAGAUUCUCUCAUUAUAUACCUUACAACACUUCUUUGAGAGAUGGAGUCGUUUGUUGUUCCUGUUACUGAGAGAUGUGGAUUAUUUUGCAGAUGAAAUUAAGCGGGCCUACAAGAAGCUUGCCCUUCAGUGUCACCCGGACAAGGUUUGUGUUCCGUCAAAGCUUGUUUAUGCUCUGUUGAUAAUGGCUUUUAUCAUCCAUUCCACCUUAAAUUCUCCAGAGAUCUUUUGAUAUUGAAUUCUCCUUUGUAUUUUUAUCCCAGAAUUAUUUCGUUCGUGUUUUUCACUACUCCUGUCUGGAACCUGUGCACUUAUAUUUCCACCAACUUGUGUAACGUUUGACUUUCUUUCGCUUUAUAUCAUAGAACCAAGGUGACGUUCCUUCGGAAAAGAAGCUUUUUGAUGAAGUCAGCAAAGCGUUUGAAUCUCUUACCUUAGGUAAGACCUCACUUUUAAAAUAAGUUGGACAAAUUCGUUUAUUACCCAUGACCUUUAAGCCAUUCGAUAUAUCUACGUCGCGAAGUUGCAUUCUCAGACGUAUCAGGCCGGUUUGCGUGUGGUUACUUCAAUUUUCAACGUUAGAUUUGUCGGAUACUUCAAUAUAUUUUUCUUUUCUCUACAGAAUACAAAAACGAUUCUUGUCGAUCAGACUAUGAUCAGGUAAUUAUAAGACGUAAAAAGACCUGCAACUUCACUUCUUUGAUAAAAUUGGGGAGACAAAGCUAAAGUAAUAGCCAAGAAUUCCUUGCGAUUAAUUCCGUUUGCGAAUUUACACCUUCGUACAAAUGUAAUAUUCCUGGAUAUAUUUAAUUUUCGUAUAUCUUUAUAUUUAGAUUUUCUUCGAUUUCCUGCGGGACAUCUUUGGUUGGAAAGAAGGUAAAGUGAUUUUGAGUAGUUUCGAAGGCUAAACCCUCCUAAAUAUUGAUUUCCCUCGUAAUGUAACUUGUUGGUAUCGUGUGACUCAAUCAGUUAUCACGCUGGUUUACGAUUGGGCGACACGUAAACACUAGAAGUAAUAUUUUAUUGACAAUUCCAUUUACGCUGUGUUACUCGCGAUGUAGAUGAAAACUUUUCAUCGACCUCGUGUUGUUACCGUCAAGUAUUUAGUAAUUUUGGUAACCGUAGAAUAUAUUUUAACUGCAUAUUAAUAAUGAUAAGAUUCUCCUAAUAGUUCAUCAAAGGAAACGUUAUUUGUACUUUUUAGGCUAAGAUUACCUAAUAAUUACUGAGAAACACACUCAUUUGUUCUCAUAACUUAAUUUUUCAUAUGUUUAUGUAGUGUCACUAUUUAUAUAUCUGUACUCAGCUUGUCACUUUAGUAAACUUAUUGCUGUUGUUACCAGCAAAGUAUUUAGACCUCUAUUUAAGCUGCUUUCUUUACUUUUUGUGGACCAUUGCUGUAUAGAGGAAAACAAGUAAGAUUAAGUGUGCAAGCAAAAUGAAGAGUUUAAUAAGACAAAAAAAAUAAUGUAUGUUCAACAACAAAGAACGAAAAAAGUGCAAAUACUGAUUAGCCACGAACGAUGAAUACUGCAGUUUGGACAUUUCUUAGUAAUUUUUUUGAAUUUGAGCAAAUUUACUGUAGAUUCAAGCCAGAAUUAUACAGAUAAUAACUUUAAGAGAGAAAUGUUUUUUCUCAUUCUACAUUCUACAUUUGGCUUAAACACUCGUCUCGUAAUUCAUGCUUGAAUGAUAAGCGCGCAAAAAGCAAAACAUCCCUUUUGUCACAACCAUGUUUACAUACUCUCAUGCAAACACACCUCCUGGCCGAUCAGAGUGCGCAUACUAUCUUAGUUAUGUUAUAAAUGUUGUUACAGUUCAAAUAUGACCUGAAUGUUUGACACAUUCACAAAGUUUAUUGCACUAUCACAAAGCAGUUUAGAGACAGUAAAGUUUAAACUAAAAUUGGUUUGUUAAUAAUCUUUGACCCGUUUUUUCUCUUAAGUAAACGAGGGAUGGUUUUGUAAUAUGGCAGGACCAUUUUUUAACAGAGUCUUCAUGUAGGGUGUCGAGCCCCCAGGAGGCUUAGUAGUCAAUUUAUGGUACUUGCGGGUCAUUACUUGGAGGGAGGGGUAGGGACUGGUACAAAUAGGGGGGGGUCAGGAAUGUUUUUGAGGAAAAAGUUGGGAGGUGAUAAAAAGUUAUUCGCUUUUAUUGUAAUUGAGGUUUGACAAACAAAUUAGACCUUUUUUUCCAACCUUUGACAUGGAGAAGAUUGGGAAAAUUUGCCUAGUCCGCUAAAAGAGCCACCUUAAAGUUAGUAAAACAGCUAAGUUUGAAAGAAAUUUGUUGAAAACUAAGAAAGUUAUAGCUCCUCAAAGUUACAAAAUUCUACAGAGGUUUGUUUGGUGGUGGGCAAAGUUUGUACCCCCCACCAUACAAAUCACUGUAAAUUUUCUCAAAUUUAUAGCUAUAUAGUUGCUUGCUAAAGAUGCAUCACUUUCAAACUUGGCAAUUUUAAGGAUUUUAAGGUGCCCUUUGCAAUGGUGUUGACAGAUUUUCCCUAACUGCUCCAAGUCAAAUGUUUAAAAAACCGUAGAAGAGUCUAUUGGACUCUUUAAACCUUUCACUACUAGACCAAGUUAUAGUAUGAUGAUUCAGCAAUAGGCCAUUUCCAAGUUGCCGCAACCUCUGUUUCAAGGCGAGGCUAAGUGCAAAGCUAUUGUUAUAAAAAUGACUUUUUAUUAUAAUAUUGUAACAAUAAAAAUCAUUUUCACAAUAAAGGUUUUUCACUUAGCAUUGUUUUGAAUGUGAACUCAGAAGUGGCCUGUUCAAGUGAAACCUUUGUGGCAGACCUUUUUCAUGCUGUUAUUACUUUCUUGGGAUUUCACAUUUUUGUCAUUUUUGUUUUUUGUAUUGACUAAUGUUAUGAAUGUAGAAGUCAAUAACAGAAAUGUGAACUUUUAACAACAUCACUCACUAAGCAUUCUGAUGUCCAAUAAUAUUAAUAUUCCACGACUUUGUAUCCAUAUCAAAUGCAUUUAUCCUGUUGUAGAACACUUGAACACCAUACUUAUCAGGGUAGGCAAGGGGUGGGGAGUGGCAGUAAUGAAUGUUCUAUAAAUGAGAAGGGUUAGGAGAAUUUCAACAUGUAUCAGCCCUCUGCCCUUUUUAACCAAUGAGCAGUCUACAGAAAACAUAAGUCAACAAGCAGCAAAAUGAAUUAAAUGCAUGUGAGCAUUGUCAUGUGAUGAAUUGUAUAUCGGUCUUGAAAGCUAUCCUUUAUUAGCACUGAGAUGCAUUAGAAAAUGCCAGAUGAUUUGUUAGGCACUGUUUCUACAAAAAAUUAUUCAUGAAUAUUAUAAAAUGACAGUGAAGCAAGGUUAAACACACCCCCUAGGAUUCCGUUAUUUAGUGAAUGAAUGUUGAGCCCAUUAGAAGUUAGUGGUAGAUUUCAGAUUCAUCUCUGCAUUCCUGCAUGUGUAAUGAGCAGUGAAUUCACAGAUGAAGUACUUACAGGAAUGAAAUUUCUGCUAGCUCAGUUUUUUUUAAUUUUAUACAAAUAUUUUCUUGACCAUUAUUAGAUGGUGAAGGUGCAGGAACAAGUAACUUUCUCACAUACUUCUGUGGAUCUAAACAACACCCUUGUUCUUCAGAUGUGGACUUUGAUUCAAGGUAAGAAUGUAUGAUGGUUAAUAACUGGUUACACUCAAGCCUCCCUUAUUACUAAGAAGCCACCUAAAUAAUGAUACCAACAUUAGGUUGUUGUUCAAAAGACUGUAAUCCAUGCAUUCUAAGUUACAAUAUAACCAGUGUCAUGUUUUCAAUGAAAGUGCCUUGAAUACCCUGAGUAUAUAGAAUGCCGCAAUGUAAGAACAACAGUCAUUGUCUUACUAGUAGUUGUGUGACAUUGCAUUAUCCAAUUUGGUGUUCUUCCAGAUAUGAUUUAUAUCACAAACUCUCAAUAACUGAAGGAGUUUGUGGAAUAUCAUGCAACCGUAAUUCAAAUAAUCUCCUUGUUUAAAAAAAAAAUGCAGGAAAAAAUUGCAACCCUAUUUGGCUCGAUUAGAUUAAUAAGGUAGAGCACUGUGUUAUAAAUAAAAUAAAAUAAAAAUAAUUUUAUUAUCCUCGCCCCUUAUGGGGCUUUUCAAGGUAAUGAUACAAACAAUAACAUGGUUAAGAAUCCCAACUGGUAGGAGGUGAACCAGUUGGCUAUUUUACAGCGGUGGUCAAGGAUUUGAACUCAGGACCGCCAAGAACGAAUCCAGCUAGCAGUCAGUGAGGGACUUGAACUUGGGGUCCCCGAAUUACAAGUCCAGCUCUCUAACCGUUUACCUCUCAGCCUCCUUAAAGUAACUCAUUAUCAUGUCAUUUAGUUAUUUUAUCUGCAGUUCAAAUGAGUUGAAAAACUGACUUAAACAACCAUUCAUAUUAAAACAGAUACCAGGACACAGAAGAAGAGGAAGAUAUCGAUGGUGAGGGUGACAUAGACAGCAUUAUGGAGAUAGUCAAGGUAAAAAUCACUUUUACACUGCAAACAUAAAUUACAAAGCCGUGAACAAAAUUAGUUAUUAAAAUGUUAAAAGAAGAUACAGAUCUGUGGGUAUUUAAGUUUAUUGACAUUUUUUCUUAUCAGAAUCGGAGAAAGAAAGGCAAACAUGUUCCAGAGGAAUUUAGAGAGGAAACUGUAAGUGUGAUAAAAGUUUGUAAUAUUAAGUCUGACAUUAGCUCUUAAUGUAUAUUGGUUACAGGGUGCAAAGAAAGUCAGUUUUACAGCCUACCAUUCGGGCAAGCUGUAGCUAGCAUAUACUAGCCCACAAGUCAUUUCAACUAGCCCCAAAACCCUUUUUGAUUGAUUACAAUCCUUCUGUAAUUUGAAUUUCCACAAAAAACAGCACUUGCCCAUCAGGCAAGUUACGAACAGGAUUCACUAGCCUGGUAGCAAAAUCCACUUGCCCCAGGCUAUCGGACACCACUUUCUUGGCAUGCUGUGGGUAAGAGUGUCCUUUUCUCUGUUCUUAUGAUGUAAAAUUUAUUGUUUUCGUUCUAGUUGAUGGUGUUAAAGACCAAAUUAAACCAACACAAGGAAGAUAUGAAAAGAGACUCCUCCAAAAAGGUGUGGAUACUGUUUAGGUUUUGAAUUCUUGUAGAUUUUCAGUAAAUGGCCUCUCACUUACCCAUUCCUUGCCAUAUUACUGAUUGUUACUAUUUUUUUCUAAAAAUAAUCAUUUUAGCAAGCAAGCAAGAAAGGAAAAACUCCUGUUCCUGUAGCAAAGGUUGGUAUUACCUGCUGUGUGUAGUAUGUCAGAGUGUAGUAGUAUGAGUGGGAUUCUUGUCAUGUGACAAGUAUUGCUUUGAAAUUGUUGUUGACAAAUCCUGUAGACGCUAGGGCACAAACAUUUUUUCAUAAAAGUUUUAAUUCAUAACUCCACUUGCUUACAACCCUCUUACUCUAUCAAGAGAAGGCAUAUGAACCUAUGCUUGGGGUGGAAGGGUGGGGGUAUUGUCUUGUAAUAUCCAAAAAGGCUGUUAGUUUCAGGAGUCUUCCUGUGCAUAAAUACCAGUUCUCAAAGGACACUUAAGGCAAAGGGGAAUAUUGUUCCUGAGAAAUGCCUCUCAGCUGGGACAUGUUGUACUUCUGUUAGUGAAUAGGAAGUUGUAAGUAAUUAUAGUACUUGCUAAAUAUAUCUCAAAUGGUUACUUUGCACCACCGGUCAUGGAAUUCUUAUUGAAACAAACAAUUUCUUUUCAAAGCCAAAACCUAAAAGCAAGAAACAGUUGCAAGCUGAACAGAGACGAAGAGAAAAGGUGGGUUCUUCUUAUAAUAAGAGCGAUAAUAAUAAAGUUCACUGGCCCAGUAGGCAAGGGUCCUGGCAAGUUAUCGUCUAAUAAAAUCAUUAAUUAAGACGAGGGAGGUGGCCUUAGGCAAGCAAAAUAUGAGAGCUGCUUGCCGAAAUGACAAGCUGGAAUUCAAGCUUUUUUCAAGCGCUGCAGCCUCCAAAUAAGGCAAAUCCCACGGAUUCCAAAAGUCCCAUUGGGACCCUCUUUACAAGCAUUGCCGAGGAUUUGAACUGAGGACCAUGAAGAAACAAAUCCAGUUAGUACUCAGGCGAGGGCGACCCUAUUGUUUUUUGCCUACUCUAUAAUUUUUACAGAGGCAACUACUUAAUGAUGAUUGGUACUGUGGGAGCGUAAAGAAUUAGUGCGCAGAUUGGGUUACGACAUCUUUGUUUAAAAUGAAGACUUUUUGUGGCUAAUGACUAACUGUGCAUUUUAGGAAAUGGAGAAGAUUGCAAUGGAAUUGGAAGAGAAAAGAAAAGAAGAGGAGGAAAAGGAAAAACAAAGGAAACAGGUGCUAUUUUAGACUUAAUUAGUUGUUUCUGAAGAAAACUAAAAAUGAUAGAUAUGUAGUAAUGUUGUACUUGAAGUUCAGGGUGCAAAGAAAGUCAGUUUUACAGCCUUCCAUUUGGCAAGCUGUAGCUAGCAUAUACUAGUCUACAAGUCAUUUCAACUAACCCCCAAACCAUUUUUGAUUAGCAGGAUUGAUUACAAUCCUUCUGUAAUUUGAAUUUCCCCCAAGAACAGCACUUGCCUGUCAGGCAAGUUAAGAACAAAAAUAACUAGUCCUAUAGCAAAAUCUACUAUCUUUGCACGCUGUUGAAGGAUGAUUCCUGUGCAACUAUUCCUGUGACAUCUAUCUCACUUUUCUCAAAAAAACAUCGUCUAGCAGAAUCUGUCCUGUCCUCGACCUACAUGGACAAGUCCAAGGUGUCAAAUUGGAUGUGUUGAACAGUCUAAAGUUUCAAAUUUCCUAUUCCUUUCCAGCUGGAAGUUGAGAAACAGAAGCGGUUAGAAGAGGAAAGAAUAAGAGCUCAGAAUGAAGAAAGAAAGAGACGUGAAAAGUAAGACUUUCCUUUUUGGUUGUUUUUAUUGUUAGGUUGUUGUCAUUGUUGCUGAAGAGGUAAGAACUUCAGGGACCAUAACGUACACUGUUUUUGCCCACGGGUAUUGGUAGGGGAUAUUUGCCGUGUAGUUAGACUUUUUAAUUGUAGGUGAUAUUUUCUUGAAAAAGGUUUACAGGGGCCUCCCUUUAGGUUAAUGGGUCUUAUAGACACGGUACCUGUUGAAUGGAGAAAACUUGUCCCCUCCUUCUCUCUGUUUUUUUUUUCUGUUAUUUAUUUAUUUAUCUGUCCAUUUAUUUAUUUAUUUUUUUAUUUCUGGUGUCAUGUAUAAGUCUUGAUUUAAUUUACAGGAGAAAGUGUAGUGUAGCUCUUAUUUUUUUUUUGUAAAGUUGUAACAUUCAAGUCUCAGGCCGUAAAGGUUAAUGUAAUGUUGUAGAGUUGUUAAUAAAAUUAUUUUGUUGCAAAAUUAGUUAUACCAUAGGGAAACAUUAUUUCCCAAAUGUGAUAAUAGCAUCAAUGUUCUAUGUUGUAGCCUAGCCGUUUCUCCAGGGUAAGAGGGAAUCUACUUGUAUUGACCGCUACACAUACCUAUAAUUUACCCGUACCUGUGCAUGGAAACAGUGUAUCUUAAGGUCUCUAUUAGCAGUGGCGUCUUAUGUGUUGAUGCUGCUUCAAAAAAUUUUUUUUUAUAUUUUUCAACAGUUAUCAGUGAUUUUUGUAAUGGUUAAAAAAUCACAACAUGCUGAUUUACAAUGCAAUUCCUACUUGACCAGUGAUUUGCUAAUUUUCAGGGAACAAAGAGAGCGUGAAAAACAGCAAAAGCUUGAGCAGGAAAGAGAGGAGAAAAGAAGACGUCAGCAGGAAGAAGAAAAAAAGCGGAAAGAAGAGGAAGAGAAAAGAAGGAAAGCUGAAAAAGAGAAGGCUGCUAAAAAGGUAAAGCUAUUAUUAAUCAAAGAUUGGGAGUGGAUUCAACUGCCCCCGGUUCCUGAAAGGCCGAUUAGCGCUAAUCCAGGAAUAAAAAUUUUGUUCUAUUUUUGUAUUUACCUUCCUUAGAAUAAAAUUCUAUGUCAUCAUCAAUGAAUCUUGUAGUAAAGACAUAAAAGUAUUUUGUAAGCUCGAGUAACGUGUUCUUAGAUCUACAAGAAAACCUUGCAUAAAAUUUGGCUUAGUGCUGGGUUAAACUUAACCAUCUUUUGAGGAACUGCGCCUUGAUUUUUAACCCAAUGGCAUUUUAGUGAUGAUGUCAUAUGCCCUUGCAAAAUCUGUGAAAAUACCAGCUAAUGUGUUGCAAGAUCUUUUCAAUCAACACCAUGUCAUACAAUCUCACACCAACCUGUAUCAGGAGUGCAUUCUACCCCGUCAAAAUCAAUAUUUCUCAGUUUAUUUAUUUCAAUAAUUAUAGGUUAUGAAGGUGACUUGCAAACUAAAGCGGCAUCUGUGUGUUUUUGUUAACAUCUUAAUAAGGUGCUUGUAUACAUCUAGGUCCAAAGGAAAACAGAGCUUUCAUUUUAAUUUAGACUUUCGAUGUUUCGUUUGUAGCAUUGUACUCUAAAGUGAUCUCAAGGAUAAAUAGUUGUUACUUGGGUUGUAGGACAAAAUUAAUGCAUGUUACAUGUAAACCUUUGUAUUCAAGGUUUGGUGAACAUUGUCUCUCAUUCUUAAAUUUUGUUAUUAUUUUCUUAUAGGCUGCUCAACAGGCGGCAAAAGGUAAACGUCAUUUUUCAUUGAAUACUUCACAUAUUUUUGCAGUCAAGCCUGGUCAAGCGUACCCCCAAGAUUUUAUUUGAAAGUUAGUUGUUGCUGAGAACCAGUAUCAAAUGAAAAACUGCAUUUCUGUGGGCAUAAUGAGCAAUAAAUUUUUUGCGAUAACUCCUUUGUAUUCGGUCAGAUUGAAAUAUCUAUGAAUGGACAAAAUUGCGUUGAAGACAUUUGCAUCCAAUUCAAGAAAACUGAGGUGUUAAUUCACUGCUUAUUUCACAUGCAGGAAUGCAAAGAUGAAUCUGAGAUCCCCAACUACCAAUGGAUUUAUCCUUUGAAUUAUAAAUUUAUGAAUGAAAUCUUGGGGGUGGGAUGGAAGGGUAUGCUUGACCUGGCUUGACUGUAAAUAACAUCAUGCGUUUUCUCUUCUUAAGUUAUGUCCCAUUUUGCAUCUAAUAGUCUAAAUUUGUUUGUUUGUUUAUUUAGAAAAAGAGGAAAAGGAAAAACUGGCAAACAAAACUCAGGUAAGUAGUAAUUAAACAGUGUUCAUUGUUUUAUAACCGUUUCACUCCCACAUCAUGUAAUAGUGGCCAAUGAAAAAACAAACUAACAACCACGUGGAAUUCCUGUUUGUUAAGUCGUUAGUAGCAAAUACAGAGGAACCUUGAUAUAACAAAGGGCCAAGGGACUGCAAAAAUAUGUUUGCUAUAGCAAGAUUUCAUCACAUUGAGGUUCUUUUCCAUACAUUUUACUAUUACUGGGGCAGAGAUAAAUCAUUUGUUAUACUGAGGACUUCGUGAUAUAGCAUUUUGUUAUGUCGAGGCUCCAUCGUAGUACUAUGCAAAAGUUCUACCAGAAAAGUUCAGCUGGGUGUUAACACCAUAGCAUUUCAACCACAGAGAUCUCACCACGAGAGGAUCUGUAAGAUUGUAGUGGUUAGAUACCUUUUGGUGAUCUGUCACCAAUUAAUAAUUAUUUUCAAAAUGUGCAUUGCAAUUCCUUAAGUCUUGAUUUAAUAUUUGGAGGCAGCAUGGCCGAGUGGUUAGAGUGCUGGACUUGUAAUCCGAAAGCCCAGAGCUCAAGUCCUGCUCUGACUGCUAACCAGAUUUGUUCUUGGUAGUCCUGAGUUCAAAUCCUUGGCCACGCUUUAAUUAUCCUCUCCCCUUAGGGGGCUUUUCAGGGAUAAUGAACCAAUUAUUAAAAUGGAACACAAUAUGGCUAAGAAUCCCAACUGGCCGGAGGCAGACGAGUUGGCUAUUUACAAGCGUGGCCAAGGAUUUAAACUCGGGACUACUGAGAACAACUCCAGCUUGUGGUCAGGGUAGGACUUGAACUUGAGGUCUCCGAAUUGCAAGUCCAGCGCUCUAACGGCUCGGCCAUGCUGCCUCCAGUUGGCUUGUAAAUAGCCAACUGGUUCUCCUACCAGUUGGGGUUCUUAAACAUAUUAUGUUCUAUUUGAUUUAUUGUUUCAUUAUCACUGAAAAGCCCCAUAAGGGGAGUGGAUAACUAGGUAUUUCAGCUUGUAAAGAAAGUGGUGUCCAAUAGCCCGGGGCUAGUAGAUUUUGCUAUCGGGCUAGUGAAUUCUGUUUUUAACUUGCCCGAUGGGCAAGUGAUCUUUUUCGAGGAAUAACUACUUCGAAUAACUCAAGAACUAUGAGAUCAAUUCUGCUCUUCAAAAGGCUUUUGGGGCUAGUUGAACUGAUGUCUGGGCUAGUAAAUGUUAGCUUCAGCUUGUCCGAAUGACAAGCUGUAAAAAUGAUUUUCUUUACACCCUGGUAUUUAUUAUUUAUUAUUAUUAUUAAUAUUGUGGCUAGGAAGUAAAAGAACUGAGUCAUUUUGUAGUUGUUUACAAUUUAAUUUCAUCAAACUGUAAAAAGAGCAAGACAUGAAAGAACUAACAUUUGCACCCAUUGCUUUGCCCGUAGAACAUGAAAAGGCAACAACAACAACAGCGUACUGAUCAACAGCAGUAUCCAAGGGAAAUACCACCACGAUUUCAAAAGAGGAUGAAGCAGAAAGAACAACAACAGCAGCAACAACAAACUCAGUAUCAACAACAGAUUCCACAGCAAACACUUCAACAACCAUUAAAGGUUCAACCAAAGCCACAACCCACAGGUGAUAUUAGUUAUAACUUUUAUUGGUUAUGUAAUAUAAUUAGCCAAUACUAAAAGCGAAGCUCUCCUUAACAUACCUAUAGUUAACUCAAACAAAAAAUAAAAUAGUGUGAUGCUAAACAGGGACAGCAACGAGAACAGCAAAAAAUCAAUAGAAUUAGCGCAAAACAACUUUGCACAUGCAGCACUCUUUGCUAAUAGGGGAAAUAUUGUAUGAGUCCCUGUUUGCUUUUUUUUUUUUUCACUACCACCCUUUUUCACCUUGGUGGCCUCUAGAUUUCUCAUUUUCUCACCUCCUCUAUAAAAUAUACGUGUUUUUCUUUCAACGCAAUUUGUCUCUUUUGUUUUUUAUCUCUCGCUCUAGCUAUUUCUUUUUUUCUCCACCCCACUGUAGACAAUAAAAUAUAGUCAAAAAGACUUGCCUUUGUUGUUGUUGUUGUUUUUUCUCUUGAAAAGUUCAGGUGGCCAUGUGAUUUACUGCCAAAACAUGCAAAUUUCACCCCAGCUUACAUGAAGGGGUACAAAAGUAUGGACAGACAAUUCUGUCAGAAUCAAAAUCUCUUGGAUGAAUAGAUAACCAAAUUUUCAAACCCAAGGUGCUCCCCUAUGACUGUAUUAAAUAAUUAAUAUAAAUGUAAAAAGGUAGUGUUCAGCAAUUACAAAUAGAACCAAUAGCCCUUUGAGCUAUACAUUUGUUCUCAAAAAUUGUAGACAAAAAUGCCAGAGGGGAAAAAACUUUUAAACUAGUGGACCAUAAAAGCAUGAUAAACCCAUAAACUCCUUUAGGGUAUUCUUUAUGAGAAAGUGUACUUUGUGUACUUUUUAGGAUCAAAAAUUUGCAGUAGUAUCAAUUGACAGAUUAUACAACAGUUUCUGGUUCAAUUUUAUUUUGGUGAAGAAUUUCCCAAUAUGGAGGCAGAAGCUUGUUUAAUUUGAAUGUUUAGAUUCUUAAAAGGUGCCAUUACUGGGUCAGAUGACAACAGUUUUGCUUGCUCGAGUUCCCCCUUCUUUUGAGGCACUCGCUCUUUGCUUUAAGGUCUGUUUUAUUGUUCUAUUUGUGGCUGUUGUUGUUAUUCAAGGAAGUAAUGCUUAAGGUUAGGUAUUUUGACACUAAAAACUGAAAACCACUUGACAUGUGAAAGAAUGAGAAACUGAACUUAUUUGCUCAUCUUUGUUAGUUGGCAAGAAGAAAGAUCCAAAUCGUUUUGCAUCAAAAGAGUAUGCUGACAUUAUUGAACCAAUGGAUGACGCAGGAUGGACACAAGCAGCUCCAGUCAAAGGAUCAGGCUGGGGCAAUUCACUGGACAAUUGGGAUGAUACUGACAAAUGGGGUGCAGAGGACAGACACUGGGGCAAUAAGGAAGGGACAUGGGAUAAACUUAUUGUUGAUGAAGGAGACAAAGAGACUUGGCCCACUGUUGGAUCAAAGGGCAUUAUAGGUGACAAAUUAAAGACUAGCACUAGUGACGCUGGCUCCGAAAAGGGCCAGUACUCUGCAGACUCUUCUCCGAAAACUUCUGUUUCCUCUAUGUCUGUUGCUAUUAAGUCAGAAAAUUCAGGUACUGCUCAAGGAAAUACUGGUAACAAUGGGGACAAAAAGUCACUGUCUUCUAGUAACUGGACUGGGGUGUAUCCGACCCCAUCUGAAAACUGGGACGUCAUUGAUGAGUCUGUUGAUCAGGCUAUUGAUGCUGCUGAAUCGGUAGGAACUAAAGACAAUGCGGGUCUCACUGCAGGCUGGGGUGGAGUGGCAAAGGGUGGGCUAGGAGGGUUGAUAGGGACUUCAAACUGGGAAACUGGUUUAAAUACUAAGGACCCACCACCACCUGUGCAAAAUAGUGAAUCGGCAAAGAAUGCAAGUGUGAACAGUCCCUCUGUAUCUGAGGCUUCAGGGUGGAGCAAGACACCUGGAAAAGGUGUUAAAACUAAAAUGCCAACAACAUCAACAGUCGGGACUGGUAAUGUGACUACUUCAUGGGGUGGAACCCCUGCUGAGACAGACACCAAAUGGACUGAACCCAAUUCAACAUCGGAAGGAGUUGCAAAUGCUAAGGAUACUAAACCACCAAAACUGGAUGCUAAUUCUGUUUCUAAAUCUGAUACGGACAGCAAAAUGGAAAAAGACAUCUUGUCAACGUCUGGCGCUAAAAUGACUGCAACUGGUUGGGGCGAUGUACCCACAACCAGUACAUCUAGCUGGGGAGCUUCUGGUGUGGAUAUUACUGGUACAUCUUGUUGGGACAGUGUGGCGCAAAAAUCUGAUUCGUCUUCUACUAACAGCAAAGUUUCACAGUGGUUAGAAACCACAGGAGUUUCGUUUACUGAAUUAGAAUGGGGACAAGAAAGUAUGGAACAUGAAGAAGGAUCUGAGGGUUCAUUAGAUGGGUGGACAACUGCUUCUUCUAAAAGAAAUAGGGUGAGAACUCAAGAGUAUCUUUUGCUUUAUUAUGUUCUUACAUGUGACUACAGAAGAUAAAUAGUGUCGGAAGUAACUUGAAAAGCACACAAUACUGACCACUAGUUGAGUCUACUUGCAUGUGUAUGACUUAAUGAUAGGGAGCUCAAGCAAAGACCUUUUUGAGCCACAAAGGUCAACCAGAAGUUAGGCAGGUUGCCAAGAAAGUCAGUUUUAUAGCUUGCCAUUUGGGCCAGCUGUAGCUGGCGUGUACUAGCUCAAAAGUCAUUUCAACUAGCCCCCCACCCCCUUCAAAAAAUAAUUGAUGACAAUGAUUACAAUUCUUCUAUAAAUUGAAUUCUCCAAAAAACUUCACUUGCCCAUUGUGCAGGAUUCACUAGCACAAGAGCAGCAUCCACUAGCCCCAGGCUAUCAAAAACUACUUUCUUUGCACUCUGGUUAGGCGGUUUGCCUUUUAAUAUGCCUUGACACUACCAAAUUGCCUGAAUAUGUGGGCAUAAUCAUUGUUCAAGAAUGCAAGAAGGCCAUAUCCUGUUGACAUGAAAUAGCAUCGCUCAAAUGCGUCUCUGCUUGAGCUCGCUAGUGACUCCUUUGCACUCACAAAUUGGAGCUCAGUCAUUAUUGGUUAACAGACUUUACGACCUACAGCUUUGGGCUCUGAGUUGAUGUAAGUCAUGAUAAGGUCAGACAACUGUUUACAAGUCAUCAUCAGCAUCAAUGACAGUAGGGUGUUCUGUUACCAUGCAUUAACUAACUGCCUCACUUAAGUGGAAGGUGGGUGCCUGGGAUAUCCAGGGGCUUCCACUGUGGCCAGCCAGCCCCUAGAUAGAAUACUGCCCCCAUAGCUGGCAAAUUCCCGCAACCCAGCGAUGAGCCCCCAUUCCAGGCACCUGUCACACUGAUGAAACAGUGGAAGGAAGAAAAAUAAGGGAUGGGAAGGGGGGGAAGACACUUAAUGAACCGCCCUACAGACCACUGUACAAACGCUCAAUGAAGAACUCACAGAUCCUAGCAGUGUACAAAGCUACCACAUACCAUGUGAGCCUGCACUUAUGGGAUUGACCGCUGGAUGCCCCCUAAGCUUGUGGGCUGCUUGACCACUAAGCUUGUGGACUGCUUGACUGCUAAACUUGUGGACCGCUUGACCGCUAAGCUUGUGAACUGCUUGACUGCUAAUCUUGUGGACUACUUGACCGCUAAGCUGGUAGUGGUUAAUUUAGUUAACCAAAUUUAAUCCAGGCCCUAGAGUUUCAAAAGGUGGGUAACAUCCAGUGGAUGAAUCACUAUCCCGAAAUGGGUGGCACAAUAUUGAUUUUGCUAAUCCUUAUCAGGGGCCAGUUGCUUGAAGCCUGGUAAGCGCUAACCGUUGGUUAAGAGGUAUCAAAAUGUAUAGGUUUCCAUGGUAUUUAACACUGGUUAGCACUAACCAUGCUUCGAGCAACCCGGGCCUGCUGGAUAGUGAUAUAUCUAGUGGAUGGCGCUAUCAAACGCUUGAACAACAGGGCCAGGAUUCUUAGAUUGUUAGUUGAAAAGAAAAGUGAGUUAAUUUUGAUUGAAUUAUUAGGAGUCCUAGAGAAGGUGUGCUUGAUUUCUAGUUUAUUACCUCCUCUUUCUAAUACAGCUAGAAAUUGUUAGUGUUACUAUAGCACUAUACCAAGGUAUGAACAGGAUACACGUACCAGGAAGAUCAAGAGUGUAAAAACCUUGUGUUUAUUGAGGGAAAGCAGUGCCCCUGUCGGUGUUCUCUUGACAAAUUUUCCUAUUAGCUUUCUUUGCUAGGUGUGAGGCACAAGGUGUUGGCAUAACAUUGUCCCUCAAAAUGCACAAGCGUCUCAUGUCUCUUUAGUUGCUCACCAUUUUCACAUUCUAUAAACCUUCUUUUUAACAUGUUCUCGACCAUUGAAAGAAUACAGUCAACUCUUUCUAAGUCGGACACCUUUGGGGCUGGCACUAAGUGUCCAUCUAAGAGAGAUGUCUGUCUCAUAGAGAGUCAAAUAAAAGGAGUAAAGAAAGGCAGGGACCAACUCUAGGUGUCCGUCUUAUAGAGGUGUCCAUUAAGAGAGAGUUGACUGUACAGCUGUUAUUCAGUCUAGAUGACAUAGUCGUGGAGGGCAGAUAUUUUGCCAGUUUCACUAAUCACUUGUUGCUUUUAGGCUCCUAAACCUGCUAAUGAUUCAAAUGCAUGGAUGAACAGAUCUCUUAAACAACUGCUAGACAUGGGCUUCAAGGUGAGACAAUGUUCACUGCAUUCCUACUGUGACUUUUGUGAGUGGUCCAGAAUUGGCUAUGGCUGCUUAGAAUGUAGAAGUGUACUGUUACUUGACUUGUAGUAGAAAUACCAUAGAUACUGUUCACCUGUAUACUUUCAGAGUUAUGCAUACCGCACUCCUCACUUUACUAUCACCAAACACUGUUAAAACUAGCAUGAAAUGUCUGUUUUACAAAGGUGUCUUGUACGCAGUCAAAGAAAGGGGCUAAACAGGAAAUUAAAGUAGAACUAUAAAUAAUUGAUGGCACUGAGGUCAAGCCGAUAGAACUAACUCUAGCAUACAUACUCUGUUUUUGACUGGCAAAUGCACAUUAAAGCGAGGGGAUAGGGCUAUUAGAUUAGUUCGCUUUCUGUAAGAAUGAGUUAGCUUGUUACACUGCCGCCAUUGCACAAUCCUUUGAAACGUAUGGUAGUCUCUGAUCUUUAUGGCUAAUUGUUAUGUUUUAAUACUGUCAUGUUCAGCAAGUGGAUGCAGAAAAGGCCCUCAAGGCUAAUCAUAUGAAUAUUGAAAGUGCAAUAGGUAAGUGAAAUCAUGUUUUUUUUUUCAUGUGUGAGACAUUGCCACUGUAAAUGUUGAAGAGGUGUCAUUUCUUUUUUCCUUUUGGGGAGUUUUAAUGUAUUGGGCGAGUACCCCGUUGCGGCCCAGUUGUACCGUAAUAACUUGCUAGAUUUAAGAAAGGAUAAAUUGUGUUAUUGUUUACUCUUUCUUCAAAAAGCUGUGGAAGCCUUUCUUCUUUAGCUAUCAUGAGAGGCACUCUAUAAGCCAAGCGAGGGAAAUUUGGCUUUUUGCGCAAAGCACGAGACUAUUGCCCAGUUUGCCUCACUUGAUUCAAAGCACCUGUCAUGCAGGCUAGGUCUUCUUAUACUUCAUCACGUGUAAUCAACGACCAAGUAGCUGAUUAUCUGUUGAUGCGUUUGUAGGGUACUUGCUGGCUAUGAACAUCAAUGAAAACACAGAACAGUUAUCUGGAGUCCCUGCGGAACCUGAUCCAGCGGAAGCAGCAAGAAUCCAACAGCAACAGCAGCAGAGUCAGAGCAAACUUAACCGGAAACAACGUAGAAAGCUUCAACAACAGCAGCAAGCUGAGCAACAAAGUCUUGCAACUAAUAAACCUGAUCUAAAACAGACACCAUCUGAACUCUUAGCUUCUAAUUCAGUGACUCAAACAAAUGAAACACUUGUUAAACCUAGUACUGAGCCGCAGAGUAAAGCGCAGGACACAGUGGUAUCGAGAACUGAAGACACACAGGGUGAUUCAAACAGUAAACUCGCUGCCCCAACAACAAAAAGUGAUAAACCUGCUCAGUCUGGAGGAGGAGCAUCAAAGCCGGUUAAUGGACAAGCGCAGUUGCCAGGUAACGGAAAAAGAGCAGGCCCACCAUUAAUACCUCCUGCGCCUGGCCCAGGAGUACAGGGACCUUUAAGGCCUCCUCUGGCCCAUCCACUACUUCACCCUCAGCUUGUUCAACAGCUUCACCUGCAGCAGCAGUUACGGAUUGCCCAGGGAGGGCUGCUUCAACCUCCGGUCACUCCACAACAGUUUGCUAUGCUGCAACAAAUUGCUCAGCUUCAGCUUGUGCAGCAGAGACUAGCUGCUCAAUCUGUUGCUCAGCAACACUUGGGACAAAAACAGCAGGUGGUGCCUCAACAGCAGCUCUAUCAACAACAGCAGCAGAUUGCGCUCAUGAUUGCUCAGAUGCAGCAAGUUUUACAGCAACAGCCUGGUUUGGCUGGCCGGCUCCCUGCAUUACAGUUUGCUGCAGUGCCUCAGCAGCAGUCUAUAACUCAACAACAGCAACAGCCUUCUCCAACUAAUCAGCAGAAAGGUAACAAACCUGUAACAAAUGACAAGCCAUCUAGCGAGUCUUCACAGACUAAAACUACUGAAACUGUUAAAUCUCAAUCAAAGGAAUCUCUUAAUGUCACCCCUGUAACAGCGGAAGAACAGCCAAAACAGCCUUCUCCCGUCACACAAUCUCGACUUACCCAAUGGAAGCAGCCAGUACUGCAGGAUUCUGCUCCAGUCACUCAACCAUCAGUCUCCAGCAGUACACCGACAUCAGUGGACUCCAAACCUCCAACAGACUCCAGCUCCUCACUGUCUCCUUCGGUACUAUCUAGUGUUGUUUCCGCACCCACAAUUUCAACUAGUGACACAGCUGAUCAUUCAGCACCCAACAGCAACAAUGUAUCGCCACGCACCAGAAUUUCCGAUCCAGUUUCCAGUAGGUGGGGUGUUGAUGCAGGCCCCAAGCUGUCAGCAGAUCCGCCGGAGUUCAAACCUGGUGUGCCAUGGCGCCCUGCGCCUAAAAACGACAAAAGGGAGGAUGGAAGAGAAGGCCUUCCUGUCGCCACUAUGGAGGCCUCGGGUCGCUCGUCUUCCACUAGUAGUGAUUCUCAAUCAGAUAGCUGGCCGACUCCAGGAACUCAAACUAUCAGUGCUCCAAGCAGUGUUUCUCCUACAAGUAGUGUAAAGACUGCUAAUGAAGUGAACACUACAGCUAAUUCCAACUUUCCGUCUAUGCCAAUCAACAGCAACACAUUUGAGUCUAGCCAGGUUGACUUCAGUCUCAAUUCAACAUCCUGGCAAGCGCCAGACAAUAAAACCCCACUGCCACCCCCUCAAGGGGCAAACAAACAAGGGUCGAGUGUGGCAUCCUUGUUACGACCACCCCCUGGGCUGGGAAAUGACGCUGCCCUUCCUGAGUCACCUCUCUUUGAUGAAGAACCACCUCCUUGGCUGAAAACUUUAAUAGACUCUGGCUUUGGCGACAAAGCCCAGCCGGAAUUUCAGUUUAGUCGUUUUGGCUUUGCCAAUAACUCUGCGCCGUGGAGUCCCCGAGAUGCAGUUUCACAACCGUUUAGUCCGCUGACACCUAACCCUCAGCCUUGGGCUGCUGUUGGAGGGCCAGCCCCUCCGUCAUCUGCAGGAUCAGCUAUUUCCAUGCCAAACAUUGACAAUGUCAGAAGUGGAAGCAUAGACUCUCCUGCAGAGCCACCAAACCUGCAGAACUCUGGCAUGAUUUGGUCCACCAAUCAACCCAUUCCCAGUGCGGAGGAAAAGCUUUCAGGCAGCCGGCCCUUGACACAACUACCUCCGGUUUCCGCAGCGAGUGGUGUAGCUCCUUCUAGAAGCACUGCUAAUUCCAUGUCCACAUGGUUGGUGCUUCGAAACCUCUCACCAAGGGUAAGUUGUAAAUCGCAAUCUUAGAUUCUACGCUCACCGUCUUGGGCCCUUUUUAGCCUGCGGGCAAGCUCUCCUAUUAACACUCAUAGCAAGUGCAAGAUCUUGAAACUUUGCACAUAUGUCUGUUUAGAAUGGCCGUUGAGACGUAUAGUCCAUCUUCAAAAUCCGUCAAAAUUGACGGAUGAACAGAUGGAUAAAGUCAGGCGGAUUGUUCAUAAAAAAUUAAAACCGUUCCGUUUUCAAAUUAAGUUGUAUUAUCUGUUUGGCCCUAAUUAUCCGUCGGAAACCCGUCUCUAGUGUGAAAAUGGCCAACGUAGGAAUUACAUAUCCUUUGUAGACAAACGAUGCUAUUUUAACGGUUGAUACCAUCAUUAGUAACCGGGCGCAAAUUCAAUGUAGAUGUAAUAUAUGCUCUGGACUAAGUUACAGCAAGGCAAAACAUGCACUUUGAUUCAAGGUUGUCUAUUUUCUUUUAAGUGUCUUAAAAUUGACAUUGCUUGUUGAUGAAGAGAAAAAUUACACCAUACGAUUGGACAUCGCUGUUGUAAAGAAAAAAUGGGGGAAUUGAUAACUAAAAAAUACGGAAACGUUGCUCAACUCGACUGUCUACUGCUUUGAGAAUUCGACGAGGAACCCUUGAAAACGUGGAUGACUUGAAGCAAAUCAGAUUAGCCUCAAGAAGGAUUUUAAGUCGUGGUGCUAUUUUCUAAACUAAUUGAGCUUUUUGUUUGUUUUAGAUGGAUCCCAAAUCUUUGCGCCCCCUGUGCGAGAGACAUGGUCCUCUGCUGACAUUCCAGCUUAACCUGCGCCAUGGUAACAGCCUGAUUCGCUAUGGCAGCAUGGACGAGGCAGCCAAGGCAAGGGCAGCACUCAAUGGUUUGAUGCUGAACGGCAAUCAGGUAGUGGCUGACUUUGCUACUGAUGGUGAUAUCGGCAGCUUCUUUGAACAGACUAUGGAUUGGAGUUCCAACCCGUUCCCCAGCAACACAUACGGGAACCAGUGGUCUUUUCAGAACAUGCUUGGUCCUGGUACAGCCAAUGAAGGCAUUCAGAACGUAUCAAGUGAACAAACAGCCCCUAAAAUCGCCAACCCCGCCCCUGGCAUGCAGUGGGGUGCAGCAGUUGGACCCAUGCCUCCGCAGGCCGUACUUGGUGGUGAACAAUCGAAAGUCACUGCGCCCAUCGGUCAGUGGGGUAGCGUACCACAAGGAAGCGAGCAACCUGGUCCCAAGGCUAGCAACACACAUCCUUCUAUCUCUUGGGGAAAUAACCCAGGAACCGCUGCAGUGCCUUCUUUUUUGUGGAGUUCCGGUCCCUCGCAGCAAAUUCUUGGGGGAAAUUUCUCCCAGCCUCCCAGCAUGUGGUCGUUUCCCGCGGGAAUCCCGCGGGAUGUGGAGCCCCAGUCGGGUUCGGGUGACGGUCUUGUUAGCCCUUCCAUGACAACAUUUCUUCCACCCGGACUUCUAAACGGAGGAAGCGACUCAAUGUGAACAUUUAACAACGAUAAUGAACUAGAAAUCAUUAGUAGCGUCAUCGUAACUUAGUUUUACCGCUUUUUUGUGUAUUUGUUUUGUGUCUUUGUACUAAGUGUGAGUUGGCCCUGAAAACGGGUCCUACGUGUUUCUACCAGUGUUUUAAGUAUUGAUUAAAUCUUCUCAAGAUAUAAAAGCAUGUGUUUCCAU